GUCGGAUAGAUCAGUGGAGUGUUUAGAGACGAGUUCUGUCGUUAGUUUGUUAAAGUGACAAAUAGGGCAAAAGACUCUAAUUUCAGAUAUCAUAUUUACGCAUCAAAAAUAUGUAGUGUAAUGGAAGUGAUAAGGACGGCAAGGAAGUGGAGGAAUUGGCCACCACCGAAAUUCGCUGAUAUUUUAUAAUCAGUCAAUUGACUAUAUAAAAAGAAUCGACAAUUCUGCCACAUAGUCGUGAUCAAACUGCUAACACGAAUUUUCGGGAAGUUCUAUAUUUCUCGAAGAUAAAAUGAAGGGAUUAUUUUUCAUCACUAUUGCCGCGUAUAUCUCCUACGUUAUAUGUGCUGAAGACUUGCCGAGCGUGAAUUGCCCACCGUACGACGAAAAUUCAACUGGGCCAUUCUAUGUUCCACACCCGUGCAAUUGCAAUGUUUACUACCUUUGCUUACCACCUGUAAAUAAGCCCAUGAAAUGCGAGUUGGGUUAUCACUUUAACAGCAUUACGCAGAAAUGCGAUUUUCCAUGGGUAGCAAAAUGCAAGGUUCAUCCUAAAUGCCCGAAAUCCGAGAUCCUAGAUGACGUAAUGUCUCAAGAAGAAGUAGUAUCUCAAUAAGAAGCGGGAGUAGUAUCCUAGGAACAACAGAGAGUAUCACAGGAACAACGAGGAAAAUUAUCUGCUGCCUUCUUCCACUAAGAAGUAUCCUAAAUCUACUUUCUUAAACAUAAUGUGUUUAAUGUU